GAGCGGUCGCCUCCGGCUCAAGCCGCACACAAGAACCUUUUCAGGCAGCUAAAGAGAGAGACCAUGAGAAGAGAUGGUGUGUUCUCCUGGACCCUGCUCGUCUGCACCCUUGCACAGGUUUGGUGUCAGAUGUGCAGGGGUCCAUGCAACUGCCCCAGUUCGGUACCCCGUUGCCCCACGGGUGUCCCUCUGGUCCUGGAUGGGUGCCGCUGCUGCCGGGUUUGUGCCAGGCAGCAGGGCGAGGCCUGCGACGACAAGUACGUGUGUGACGCCCAGCGGGGACUGCAGUGUGACUACAGCGCCAGCUUCCCAGGCGGGCCAGGAGAAUGCGUCAGUCAGGACGAGCUUGGCUGCGAGCUCAACGGCGUCACCUACCACGAGGGCCAGGUGUUUCAGCCGUCAUGUGCCGUGCAGUGCCGCUGCGCAGGCGGGGGGGUGACCUGCGUGCCGCUGUGCACCGAGGACGUGCGGUUGCCCAGCCCAGACUGCCCACAGCCGCAGCGCGUCCUGCUGCCCGGGAAGUGCUGCAAGGAGUGGGUGUGUGAGAGCUUGGAGAACAGUGUCUCCCAUGAGGCCCUGUCUGCUCCCAGGUCAGACGGUACGCAGCCGAACCUCCCGGGUCGGGGACGUGUCUCCAACUGUGUAGAGCAGAGUACGAAGUGGAGCGCCUGCUCACACACAUGCGGUCCAGGGGCGUCCACCCGCGUGUCCAACCGGAACCCGGCGUGCCGUCUGGAGCUGCAGAGCCGACAGUGCCAGGUGCGGCCCUGCCAGGCCUUCCCUCGCAGGAUUCCCGUGGGUUCGAGCCACUGUGAGCCCAGCUACAGGGCCCCCUUUCCCGUGAGGCUGGAGCACCAGGGCUGUUACAGCGUGCGCUAUUACCGGCCGCGGUACUGCGGGCUGUGUUCGGAUGGCCGCUGCUGCACGCCCUACCGCACCCACACUGUCAAUGUGACCUUCCGCUGUCCUCGCGGUCCACCGCUGCGCCACGCUGUCAUGGCCAUUGACUCCUGUGUCUGUCACUACCACUGUCCCCACUCCUUUGGUACCGCGUUCAGGGGUUAGACACCCGCACACAUUUGUCCCGCCCAUAACGAGUGCUGUGAUGAGUGCAUCACGUAUGACGACAAGAGGCUGAAGCGAGCGGCACAUUUUAUCAUCUGCUCACUGGGAUACGGAUGAAGAGAAAAGGGAACCUUCUGAAAGGAAGGACAGAGUUUUGUUUCCACGUUAUAUACGUUUAUUUUGCUCUCAUGUCCCUUCAGCUGUGAGCAGGCAGCUCAGUGCCGCGUCUCCCGUCCCCAGUCUGUCCUCGAGCUGCCAGACAGCAGGGGACACUUGAGGGACACUUGUCUGAAUGCCAUACCGAACUGCAGUUAAUACACCUGACACAUGCCAAGGGGGUUUUAACCCCCAACCCCGGUGAAGCAAUUCCAAAAUAUUGCACGGGUUCGAGACUGCAGGGAACGGUGACUUUGUGACUCGGAUGUUUGUAGCGAUGUGAGGUAUGGCGUGUGGCCCGUGUUGGGCAUGGCAUGAGUGCGGCAGAGACUUGCUAAGAAGGGUCCGAACUGCACUGCACUCUCUAGCUGCACUGGCACUUUGCCCCCUCACAUUAUAAAGACACCCUCUAGUACAUGUGAGUACCGUACUGUCCAACAGAAGUGUCCCCCUGAGAAACUCAGACGGCAGAAACCUGUCAUUCUUAGUAUGAUGUUAUGAACGCAACAUUUUUCUCAUUGUGUUUUAAAUGAUCUCCCCUUUUUGG